GAGCCCUCAAACGUAAAAACUCAAGAGAGAGAAAGAGACUAGAGAGUGAGAGAGAUGGCAAGCGUCGGUUCUCGCCAAAACCCCUCACCACAAGAUUCGAUCCCAGGUGAAGGUGAGGGGUCGCAAAUGUUAGAUCUUGGGAGCUCUCUGAGGUCAUAAUCAUCUAAAGUUCAAUUAGCAACAUCAUGGGUAUUUCUUCAAAGUGGCUCAAAUCAUUGGUUGGAAUUAAAAAGCAAGAGAAAUCACGGAAUUCUAAUGACGACGCAAAUAAAAGUGUAGCUACCAGUCAUUUUCGGCAUCGAAGGAGACAGUCUGUUGAUCUAGAUGAUGCCAUAAACGAAGAGGAAGUUGUUGGAACUGCUCAAACGGGAGACCUCGACAUUCAAUCAAGAUCAAGUUCUGCAUCCUCCACCUCACAGCAUGUGCAAAUCUCUUAUCAAACUGAACAAUCUUUGAAAGAGGAAUGGGCCGCCACAGUUAUUCAAACUGCUUUUCGAGCUUUCCUGGCCAGACAAGCGCUGCGAGCUCUAAAGGGAUUGGUUCGACUUCAGGCCCUUGUUCGAGGUCAUGCUGUGAGAAAACAAGCUGCAAUAACUCUCCACUGUAUGCAAGCGUUGGUAAGAGUUCAGGCUCGUGUGAGAGCAAGACGAGUCCGGAUGACAUUGGAAAAUCAAAUAGGACAGCAGCACCUUGUACUGGGAGCUCGUGUCCGAGAAAUAGAGGAAGGCUGGUGUGACGGUGUUGGAUCUGUAGAAGAUGUUCAAGCAAAGCUGUUAAAGAGGCAAGAAGCUGCAGUCAAGAGGGAGAGAGCUAUGGCAUAUGCCCUAACCCACCAGUGGCAAGCUGGUUCAAAGCAGCGAGCAGUCCCUGAAGGGUUUGAACCGGACAAAAACAACUGGGGCUGGAAGUGGUUGGAUAGAUGGAUGGCUGCUCGUCCAUGGGAGAACCGGUUUCUCGACACUUAUGUCAAAGAUGGGAUGACGACUUCUGAGAAUGAGUCAGCAGAAGGGAAGGUUGGAAUCAAGCCUCAGAUCAUAUCCACUGUCAAAAAGCCCAUUUCUGCAAUUCCUUCGAACAUCUCAAAUCAUAGAAGAGGCCCAUCUCAAUCCGAGGGAAGUGGUUCUUCAUCAGGUAAAUCCAAGCCAAAGGCAUCAUAUGAGGAGGCAACUGGAGAAGCAACCUCUAAACCCUCUGGUAUUGGUCCUCGUUCCGAUAGCUUGCCGAAGGAGAGGCCAGCACAGAUAAAUUCCCAACCUAAGAAGAGGCUGUCAUUACAAGGGAAUGGUGUGGCAGCAGGUAAGCACUCUGCAUACAGGAACUCGGCAUACAGGAACUCGGCAAACAGGUCAUUUAAUGCCCAUAAGUCCAUCAAAGAAAAGACCAAACAAGAAGCAAAGAGUUGAACUCCAAACACGAGAACCAGGAUUUUGCCAUUGGAAUGGAUUGCUUCACCUAAGAAUCUAAUGGUUAAUCUUGUGAAGACGACACGCAUUGUAUGUACAUAAUGUCAUGUUUUACACCAGAAAGUCAUAGCGAGAGGACCGACGGAACCAUUACUGGUUGCUUUCCUGAUAACAUUAUAAGAGCCAGUACUGUUGUUGUAUAAUUUGUUGUAAAAGUUACCCGGUCCCUAUUUGUUCUCUUUCGGUUUGGGGUUUUUGGGGGUUUCAUUGUAUUUCAGACUUCAUCAGUUGUUGAGUGGCCACCAGCAUCUCCAUGUAAAAAAGCUGUGUACUUGAAUAGUAUUAAGUUAUAAUAAUUUAUGUUAAUAAGCA